CUCAUUGGCAUUGUCGGACGUACUGGAUUAGUCUUCUUGACUUGGAGAAACUAUUUUCCUUCAUAAUGGAUGUCUGUAGAUAAUGAUGACUAUUGGGGGAUAUUAAUGCCGCUGUUGAAUGACUGAAAUGUAAAAUGUCCUGGAGAAACUCUCCCUCCAUGAUGGAUGUCCUUCAGGAUAAUGAUGUCAGAACAUCUGUCGAAUGAAUUAAAUGUCCUGGAGAAACUCUUUAAAAGGACUUUUGAUGUUUGUGUCAUCCUCAUUAGGGAUGAGGAAGGUAUUGACUCAACCGGACUGUGUGUGUGUGAAUCUCCUUCUUCUUCUACACACAGUCAACUCAGUGAAAUUUGAGGUCAUUGGUCCCUCUGCUCCUAUUGUUACUGAUGCUGGUAAUGACAUCAUUCUACCCUGCUACCUGAAACCCAACAUCAGUGCUGAAGACAUGACAGUGGAGUGGUUUAGAGUAAGACAAAGCAUUUCAGACCCUGGUACUUUAGUCCAUCUCUAUCAGGAUGGCAAAGACCAAAAUCAGGAGCAGAUUCAUUCUUACAAGGAAAGGACAUCACUGUUUAAAGAUGAGCUGAAGAAGGGAAACACAUCCUUGAAAUUAUAUAUUGUUAAGGCCACUGAUAAUGGAUUUUAUCAAUGUCUGGUUAAGUCUUUGUCCUGGUAUGAAGAGGCCAGAAUUGAAGUUCAAGUCAAAGCUGUGGGAUCCCAGCCAGUCGUCUCUAUUGAGGGACACAGAGAUGGAGGAAUGGGUCUGGUGUGUACAUCUAAAGGCUGGUUUCCUGAACCUCAGUUGGAGUGGCUGGACAGUAAAGGAGUCUCUGUCUCUACUGGACCUCCAGAGACACACAGAGACUCUCAGGGACUCUACACAGUCAAACUAGAUGUUGUUGUAAAGGAGACUGACACCAACAGCUUUAUAUGUAGACUCAUACAGGACCACCUCAAUGUACAGAUGAACACACAGUUACACAUCCCUGAUGAGCUGUUUGAUCACACCAUCCCAUUAAAAGUGUCCUUAGGGGUCAUUGUUCCUGUCCUGGUCAUUGUGUUGGUUGUGGUCAUCAUCUACUUCAGAGUAACACUUAAAAUGAAAGGUCAAAAGAACAAAGAAGCCCUUCAGGAAAUGAAUCGAGUCAUUCAUGAAAAGGAUCGAGUCAUUCAUGAAAAGGAUCGAGUCAUUCAUGAAAAGGAUAAAGUCAUUCUGGAAAAUGAUGUUCUCCUUUCUGAACUGGGUAUCCACACUAAAAGGAUUCCAGAUUUUCAAAUCAGCAAACAACAUGCAGUGGAUGUGACCCUGGACCCUGAUACAGCACACACCUGCCUCGUUUUGUCUGAGAAUAAGAAAGAUGUGAAAUAUGAUAAAACCAAACGUGUUAAACUCCCUGUUGACCCCAAGAGGUUUAAUGAACGUCCCUGUGUCCUGGGCGACCGGAGCUUUCAGUCCCAGAGUUUCUACUAUGAGGUGGAGGUGGACAUGUUUAUCAUGUCGUGGUGGGUGGGAGUGGCGGCAGAAUCUGCCAACAGGAAUGGAGAUUUCCCCAUAAGCCCUGAAAAUGGAUACUGGAUUUUGGGGAAAAAGUAUCAGUCUAAGAACAUUUAUGCCUACACAUCUCCACCCGGUGACAUUUCCCGGGAUGUCAAGCUCCAGAAGGUGGGGGUGUUUGUGAAUUAUUUGGAGAGACUGGUGUCAUUUUUUGAUGCAGAGGCCAGAUCUCAUAUUUAUACCUUCACUGACUGUAACUUCACUGGUAAACUCCUCCCACUUCUCUGUAUCCGUGAUGCAAAUACAGGCUCCUCCUCUCUGACCAUCUGUCCCGUGAAGUGACCUGUCUGGUGACAUGCAGGCAAAUUACCAAAACCAAGUGUUAAGUAGCUUGAAUAAUACAUUAUAAAUGCAUUUGGAAAUUAAAGUGAUUUUCUUGGCAUGCGUGGGAUUUUUUUUACUCUUGAGUUCAUUUGUUGGAAUGGGAGUGAGAGAAGUCUCAACAACAUAUUUAAAUAAAAUAAAUGAUGACAUGGUUAUUGUGGUGUUAUGUUUUACCAUGCCAACACACAGAGGAGGUGCAAGAGUUUGGGAAGGCGGUCCCUGCUCAAUGGUAACUGAUACAGUGCAAUAAAAGUUAUGGAACAGUUUAUGUUGAACCUUCCAGGCAGAGUUGCAAAGAAAAAGCCAUAUUUUAGACUGGCCAAUAAAAAGAAAAAAAUUGAG